GACAGCGCACGCCCGACCGCGGAGACAGUGCUGAACGGCGGCGGGCUUGGAGCAAGCGGAGGAGGGAUAAGGGGCGCAGGGAAAGACGUCUGAUAGGGACGAAGGCCUGGUCUCCACGGAUCCGGCGUGGAGAAGUGCUGCAAGGAGCCGCUGCACCGCCCGGGCUCAUCUGUCCACCGCGCGGCCUGCGACCUCCCUGCUAGGGACGGACACGCCUCGACCACAAAAGGAAGCCCCCCGGGGGAAGACCUUCCCGCCCCUGCAUGCGGUGUCCUCGAGGGACGGACCCCUAACACCCGCGCCUGCCCCUGGGCAGUCGCCGUCACCGACCUGCAGAGCCUGGAUUCUGACUCUGGGAGCAUGUUUGCCGGGAGCCCCAGAAGGCCCCCUCCGUCUACCCCAUACCUUACUGUUCUCAGUACGUGGUUCAAGCCAGAGAUGCUCACGCCGUUGGAGGAAAAGGUGAAAAGAAGGACAGUGGUGGCACUGAGGGAGCUGAACCGGCAAAUAGAAGACGCGCGAGGCCGGCGGGAUAGGCUGCUGGAGGACACCAGACAGCUACUAAAGGAAAAGUCCUGCGUACAGGCUGAAAACCAGUUUUUCUUGGACUACCUGAGCAAAGAAAAUGAGCAGUGUAGGAAGAAGCAGGAGGAGCUGCAGAGGCAGUAUUUCCGCGAAUGUGGGGAGAUAGAACAAAGGAGGCAGGAGUUAGCAUCCAGAUACACCCAAAGAAAUGCAGACCUUCAGGCCCAGAUCUUGAAGGGCAGGAUGACCCUGGCCCAUUUGAAGAAGCGGCUGCAGGCACUGAAGCCCAUCUCUGUGGUGAAGGAGAGGCAAGACAUGAAAAUACAGACUUUAGAACAGGAAAAAGAGAAAAUCCCAGGUGAGACAGCUGCCCGAGACCGGGAGGCACACUUGCGGUUCCUGCAAGAAAAGGCAUUCCUGGAGAAACAACUGGAAGAACUUCAGGUGAUGGAGGAGGGAGGAGAUAUCAACACAAAGGAAUUUAAGAGGAAGGCCAAGGCCCUGUCGCAGGCAGCCAAGCAGGCUCAUGUUGAGUUCUGCCAUGGCCUCAACAGAGAGAACCAGCAGCUCCAAAUGGAAUUAGAGCAGCUGAGUCAGGAAUACUGGAAGUUGGAGGCCACUAGAAGCCAUCUGGAAAAGCAGCAGCAGCAGUUGAAGGAGGAGCAGUGGUAUCUGGAAGCCCUAGUCCGAGGGAGGCAGCGACUUCAGGCACAGCGGGAACGGCAUGGUGAUGGCAGUCGGUGUCGCAAAGAACGGCCUGCUCCAAACUGUCCCCUAAACACUCAAAUACUAAACUGUCCCCUAGGAACCCAAAUCAAGAAUAAAACCAAGUAAUAUCUACAGUUACUGAUUAAAUGAAAAUGCAAGCACUAGUAAUAGUCUACAGUCCAAAAAGAAGAAGAAGAAGAAGAAAAAAACUAUCAUGGAGAAUGGAAUAUCUCCAGCAAGGAGCAUCUUUUGAAGGUGGGGUCAUGCUCCUGAACUGGGACUUACAUUCUAGUGAAUCGCUGCUUUGCCACCAUCUGUUGUAGGUGCCAGAAUUGCAGAA